CUACCUUACACCUCGUUUAUGAUAUAUUCAUAUACAAUUACUAAUGUGAUUUUAUACAAUCCACGUAUGUCCACGAGGUGAUCUAACGUAAAUAUAGAACACUGCCACGAUGGAAAAAUAUGUAAAACCGCUAACAGAUCACAAUGUGGAUUCGCAGUUUAUGGGCAUAGUAGCUGCCGUAAUUGCCAUUAUAGUAACUAUAGUUUUGUUUGCCAUAUGGCGAAGGAGAAGGUCUAUAGGAAACAAUAUACUCUUAACUGGCCUCAGUGAUGCUGGUAAAACACUGAUAUAUGCACGUCUGCUGUGUUCCAAAUUUAUUAAAACACACACAUCUGUGAAAGAAAAUACAGGAGAUAUCAUAAUAAAUAAUCAUUCCUUGAAAAUCGUUGACAUACCGGGUCACGAGCGAUUGCGCUACAAAUAUUUUGAUCAAUUCAAGUUAUCUGCAAAGGGACUUGUCUAUGUGAUUGAUUCUGUGACUUUCCAAAAGGAUAUCCGAGACGUAGCAGAGUUUUUAUAUAAUUUACUGUCCGAUACUGGUAUACAGAAAAAGUCUGUACUUAUUUUGUGCAAUAAACAAGAUCAGACUAUGGCAAAAGGUUCUACUGUUAUAAAAGCUUUAUUGGAAAAGGAAAUAAACUUAUUACGUAUGACGAAAACAAGUCAAUUGGAAGCUACAGAUGCAUCAUCAACAAAUGUCUUUCUUGGGAAACAAGGGAAAGAUUUUGAUUUUUCCCAUUUAGAUACAAAUAUUGAAUUUGCGGAAUGCAGUGCAUUUAACAAAGAUCCGGAUACUGCUGCUGAUAUUGAACAAUUAAACAGUUGGUUAAAGAGAAUUGUAUAAAAAUGUAUGUUUUAUUUUUUCAAAUAAAUUAUUUCUUUGUA